UUGUGGGUAGGCGGAGCCGCCAUGUUGGUGGAGCUGGCGUGAAGUUGGCGGCGCGAAGUCGGUGGACACGACGGCGACUUUACUGACGUCUCUCCUCCUCCUCCUCUCCUCCUCUCUUCCACCACCUCCUCGUACUCACCGCCACCACCGUCUUCUCCUCUCUCCUACCCGCACCGAGAACCCUAACCACCAAGUCACCGCUUUUGUUUCAAACACAUCAGUCGCCUACUCGUUUUUUUAACUGCUCGUGUCGCCGGCGGCCUGUGGGUGGGUGGUGGUGGGUGUCUCGAGGUGUUCCGUGCUUGGUGCUUGGAUCGUAGCGGUGGUGGUGAAUAUUGUACACGUACAUCUUGUUUCACCCACCACCAUCCCCUCUCUUGUUUUAACUCACAAGUCCACGCGCGCGUGCGGCCUGCGAGUUUGGGAACCGCGUUCCUCACAACAUCACCGCCUCACCACCCCCCCCCCUCGCCUAGUAUAGGCCCCGGGGAAGAAGCGACGGCGGCGAUAAGCGAUAAUAGAGACACAAACAACGACGGUAAACGUGGACGUACGCGAAAGGCCGCGAGAGUUAACGCGAGAAAUUACACGCGACCGGUUGCCGCGUUACAAGCGGCUACUCGACGUCGGCGUUAACGUGGAUACGCCGCAAACAUAAACUGGGAAUACCACGAAACGGCAUUGGUUACAAAUACGGAGUACAUACAUAAACAGCUGAUAAACUAUUCUGCCUACACUGUAAGCAACAGAAAUACGGGAUACUAUUAAACUAUACGAACAAAAUCACAACGGCUAAUAUAAGCAUUAACAUAGACUACGCAUAAGCAUAAACAUUAGUAACAGUAUUAAACGCAUACGUAAUACCACCACUACAUUAACACACAAUUAAUCAAAACAACGACCGCAAAACGUACCUCUAAUAACAUAAUCCAGCAAUAGAAAGGGGAGAGAGCGAGAAAAACGACGUUGACAUCGGCAGCAACUUAAAGCGGCGAGCAGCAAGAAUAUCAACAUCGACGCGAUUGAGGCAAUCGUAAACAACAACAACAACAGCAACAACAACAACACAAGCAAGACAUCCUCCACUGCUGAGUAGAGAGGAGUUCUCGCCGUCUGCCGACGGAGGGGGAUGAUCAAGUAGCCGCCGCGACUCCCGCACGCCGUGCAGUUCCCACAGCAGCCAUGUUUUGGAAGUUCGACCUGCACACCUCGUCGCAGGUGGACACGCUGCUGGAGCGCGACGACGUCACCCUGCAGGAGCUGCUGGACGAGGAGGAGGUGCUGCAGGAGUGCAAGGCACAGAACCGCAAGCUGCUCGAUUUCCUGCUGCGGCCCGACACCAUGCUCGAGCUGGUGCGCCUCAUCACGCACGAGCCACCCGGGGACAUCGAGGAACGCCUGCGCUUCAAGCACCCAAAUGUGGCGAGUGAAAUCCUGACGGCUGACGUGAUGCAGAUAAAUGACCGUCUGGUGGAGGAACCCUUGAUGAGCCAGAUCUAUGCCUUUCUGGAGCAGGAGAGCCCCCUUAACCCUCUAUUGGCCAGCUUCUUCAGCAAGGUCUUAGGCGUCCUCAUCACCCGCAAGACCGAACAGAUACUGGAUUUCCUGCGGAAGAAAAACGACUUUGUGUCUCUUCUGCUGAAGCACAUUGGCACAUCGGCCAUUAUGGAUCUGCUGCUGCGGCUUCUGGCAUGUGUCGACUCACCCGAGCUUCGGAAGGAUCUUUUUAAUUGGUUAAACGAAGAGAAGCUGGUCAAUCGGCUGAUCGAGGUUAUCCACCCUUCGCAGGAUGACGAGAGGCAUUCAAAUGCAUCGCAGUCACUGUGUGAUAUUAUUCGGCUGAGUCGCGAGCAAGCCGGUUCGGAUGGAGAAGACCCAGAACCAUUGCUCGCCACGCUGGAAAAGCAAGAGACCGUUGAACAGCUGUUAAACACCAUGUUGGAUGGAGAGAUGAAUGAGACUGCCCUGGUCAGCGGCAUACAGGUGCUGCUCACCUUGUUGGAAACGCGCCGCCCAGGGUACCCAGAAGAGAUGUUUGGAGGCAUCAUGUGCAGGGCCGAAGGGUUAGACAUGUUUCCAAAUGCAUUGGAGCAAUCGUCUCCUGCAGUUAACCGCUCGGUCUUGCUGGGCAUCAAGCCCAAACUCAGCGAUCUCCACCAGCUGCUGCUACAGCCACCCAAGAAGGCUGCCAUGAUAACUACUGCCGGCUCUCUGGAUCCUCCACUGGGUAACACCCGCCUGCAUGUGGUGAAGCUUCUGGCUGCGAUUCUGCAGAGCAACGUGUCCAGCAUCAAUGUAGAGCUAAUGGAACUUGACACGAUCAACGUACUGUUGGACCUGUUCUUCCAGUAUGUGUGGAACAACUUCCUGCACCUGCAGGUGGAGCAGUGCCUGACGGCCGUGCUGAGUCGUCCCGUGAUGACCCCACCACCACCACCCGUCCAGGAGGAGGCUUCCGAGAGCCAGGGGCCUGAAGCUGAUCCCGCGGAAAACGCCAAGGCGGACAGCUCACUCAUUGCACACCUGUUCCAAAACUGCAGGCUAGUUGAGAGAACACUAGACGCCUGGGAAAGCAACAGCAAAGAACAGGCAAACGGAGGAAGGCGGCGUGGUUACAUGGGCCACCUGACACGAGUAGCCAACUGCCUCAUACAAAAUUCUGGGAAAGGCCCCAACCAAGAGCUCAUACAGGAGCAGCUGAAGGGUCUACCAGAUAUGUACAGAGAAAAGUGGGAGGGCUUCAUUGAAGGACCGCUUGCGGAAAUGAUUAAGAGAAAUACCACGGACCUGGUCAGUACUCCAGUACUCCAUUCAUCGGAGGAUGAGGAUGAGUCCGACUUGAGGAACAUAGGAUUUCCAUCAGAAUUUGCUGUGCAGCAGACCUUUUAUGAUUACCAGAUGCAGCAGAUGACUUCCAACUUUGUUGAUCAGUUUGGCUUCAAUGAAGAUGAAUUUGCUGGGCAGGAGGACAGAGUCAAUACUUCCUUCGACAGAAUUUCUGACCUCAGUUUUGAUCCGGUUUUGAACCCAUACGGAUCAGGCAGUGGUGAAUCUCGGCGGCGUUUUGAAGAUAGCGGCUCGGAUGAAGAGGAAGAUAUCUGGGAAGAUAAGGAGACCUUUUACCAGACUGCCGUUCUGGCCAGACAAAGCAGCACGCCGGGUAAGAGUGACGGCGAUGGAGAAGAGAGCGAGGGCAGCUCGGACUCGGAGGAGGGCGACGGAGGAUCUGGGGACGUGUUCCACUCACCGGAGAAACCGGCGCCGGCAGCAACAAACUCGUAUGAGAAGAUGGAAGUUGAUCCGGCCGCCACAGAUGUGGAAGAUGUCGCAAUGGAGACGGGUGAGACUACCACAACGCCUGUUGCCAUGGAAAUCAAUGACUGCACGUCACAACCUCCGGUUGCCAUGGAGAUGCAAGAGCCCUCAGCCCCGCUGCCACUCGGAGCCAGCGUCGUGCAGCCCAUGGAGGCGGCGAGUGUAGAGCGAAGCAACCCCCCCCAGGGCUGUGCCAUCAGACCCGCAGCAGCAGCAGCAGCAGCACCUGCCCAAGUCGAGGAUGCCAUUCAGUCGCCUACGGCAAUGGAGACGGGGGCAGAGCCUGAGGAGCACAAUGAAAGCCAACCUAAUCUACUGGAACCAGCAGUACACGCAGGACCCGAGCCCCUGAAGUCUCCCAAAAAACCACAGGACAAAGAGCAGCAUCCUUCCACCCAUGCAGACCCUACCAAAACCACCCUGGCGGCAGAUGCCCCCCGUCCGUCACAGCACAAAGCAGACGACCCGGCCAAGGAGGGCGUGUCGCCUACGACCGGCCUAGCAUCAGCGAGCGCUGCAGGGACACCCAGCGAGGGGGCGGCGCUGGCGGUCAACCCCGUUGCAGCUGCCUCUACGCCGCAGUGUGCAGAAAACUCACCUGUCAAGACCUUGACUGAAGUUGACCAACAGUCUAGGCUGAGUCCAGCCGUUUCUGCAAACCCCAAGUCUACCAGUUCUCCAUCAUCAUUGCAAACUCGUCAAGCCAGCUGUCCUGCUGUUACACCUGCCGUGCCUAUAACAGCUGAUAAAUCACCCGCUUCGGAAGGUGGAUGUUUGGCCAGCCAGCGUGAUAUCAGCCCUAUCAGCAGCCCGAAGAUGAGUCCGUCCACUUGCACUGAAGCAGAAUCUGCGGCCAAAGUGGAAGCCGUUGGUCGAUUGCCUGCACUGGCAAAUGGGCCAAUGCAGGAAGGUUGCUCGGCAACAGAAACAAAGCCACCUGUUCAGCUUCUUACAGUCACUGAUGCUACAGUGAAUGGCCCAUUGUGACCUACGCUGAGUCACAGUUCCCGACCGAUGAGUUGAGUUCAGCAGCUGGCGUUGGGGCUGCGCGACACCUCAGCCAGGUAGCACACUUAUGGCUUGAGUAUCUUGUUAUAAAAAAAACAUUGCCUACAAGAAGGAAAAUGUCCUGGUUUUAAAAUGCACAAUUGCAUGAAUUAUUAAAGUUCGGUGGCGUAUUGACGCCAGUGAGUGCAAAAGCGUUGGGGAGGGCUGGAGAGGUAUAAGUGUUAGUAAAUCGGUGUGCAGAUCUUAUCGGAUCUUCCUUCUGCCCAAAUUCUUAUGCUGCUAUUCGUUGAGGUUCAUUUGGAAUUACACUGGCAGUAUACUAACAAUGUAAAAAUUGCAAUUGUCAAAUCUAAAGCCUCCGAAAAGCUUCCCUCUCUGCUUCUCGAGCUAUGUUUCGACACUUAGCAAUAUGUAGCAGUUGAUGAAUUUCUUCAUUGUACUUUAUUGUAAGUACUGCUUUUUAACAAGCCAAUGCAAUGUUAAACCUUACUUUGUCAAUGAUUCAGCGCAGCAGUCCCAAAUCGACAUUUAUCUAUACAGCAAUGGGUGCAUGGUUUAUGCGUACAAGAUGAUCUUCCACUUCAGAAGAGCUUUGAAGAUAAUUUUCGACAGAGAAUGUCUUUUUAAAGACAAAGAGCAAUGUAAGUGAUAAUAGGCCAGUGCAAUUAAGGAAUUGUUAAUUGUAGAAUAAACUUUGCAUCGUCAUCAAAACUUUUGUAGUUAAGGCUACCUCACUAUCUUUUGGCAGUGUGUGUCACUUAAUGAGCUGGGGCACAACACGACACAAUGUCCUCGUGACAAGUGACAUUUUCUGUUUCUCAGCUGUAUCCAGUUCUUGUUUCAACCACUGCUUCGAAAAGCCAAAGCUUAGCAGAUUUAUUUAUUUUAUACUUUUUUAAAGGUGGCUUCGGGAGGCUGGAACACUGGGGGAUGAAAAGCAGGGGCAUACAAGCACGUAUGGUGUGCUCUUCAUUACCUUAGUGUUUAGUAUCAUCACAGAAUCUGGGGCGCACAAGGUGAUCUCUAAAGCAAAGGCUGUGAAUUUGCUUUGCGAUGUUACCUAUGCUAUGUUUUCUGAUUACAAUCGAGAUUUGUUUUCUUAUGCCUAAAAAAAAAUCAAUAACAUUUUGUCUUCCAUGUAAGUUUGCUAGCUGUGUAACGUGGAAAUUCAUUUAGUCUGCACACAUUGUGUUAAAUAUGGUGAAACUUUACUUUAAAAAAUUAUAAAAUGCGUCAAGCAGGGUAUGCUGCUUCUGAGCAGUGUUUCCUCUUAAUAAAAUACCAUCAAUAUACUUUGGAUGAGAAUAGCUUUGUUUCUAUUUUCUCAGAAAUAUAAUGCAAUAAUAUUUGACAAAAAAAAUCUUUUGAAAGUGUGAGCAAUUUCGUAAAAAAAUGCGUUUUAAGGACUGGUUCGGUUGUAUAAAGAGUGGCAGCUGGUGUACAGUGGUAUACACUGACCUUGCAGGGGUGUGCAUAUCAGGUGCGCAUUCAAAUUGUAUAUAUUGCAGUACUACAAAAAUAAACUUGAGAUAAUCUUGAAAAUACCCCUGGAGAAAAUAUUGCCAAAUUGUUCCUGUCUCUUUUUCGCAAGGAUAUGUAACCCCGUUUGCACUUUUCCUUCCUGGGCUGUACACCAGUGAUUGCUUGUUUCCCUUUUUGCAAAUUAGAGGGACAUUAAAAGCUUAUAUACCAAACACUAAAAUGUUUGCAUGCAAAUAUUUUACUUGUUUCCUUUAUUGUGAUUUAGGCAAUUAAGUAGACUUGCCAAACAAUGCAGUGUAUAAUUUGUUUAGAGAUAUUAGGGAUGGGGGGAGGAGGGAGGCAGGUUAGUGUAUUCAAAUAAAAAAUAAUUUAAAAUAAUUACUGCCAAUACUCAGGUUGUGGGGAGGGGCUAAUCACCUCUGGAACUGUUUUAUUACACUAUGGUAUUUCUCAUUUAAAAAAAAAUUCAUGGUCAAGUCAAGCAUUAUAAAAACAAAUGAUCUUACACGCAUUCUUAUUUUUGGUUAUCUGUUGUAGAUUUGAAACAUAAUUAGACUUUUCCCCAGGAUUUUUUUAAUAUAAAGCCACUGAUACAAGGACUGGAAAAAAAACAUGCAGUUUGGGCAGUGUUUACACCUUUAUUACCUGGCACACCCCUCAUUGGUUACACAGCUGUACAAACAUUGUAAAUGCUCAUCCGCUGUAUGUGUGCGCGCCUCAACCAACGCUUUGUAUAGUCCACGGAUAAUUUACAACUUGGUGAUAAUUUGUGUUAUUCAAAUUUUAAAGUGUAUCUAAAACUUUUGAUAAAUGUAGUUCUGGCAUGUUUUCUGACAAACUAAUGUGCAGAUGUAUUGAUCUUUUAUUGUGAAUAAAGUUUAAAAAAAAAUA